AACCUUUCUUACAUUCUGUUUUAAACUUAACAAAACAAAACAAAAUAAUUUAAAUUGCAUUGUAAGAGAUAUAACAAUAUAAAUAAUAGUAUAAUGUACAUCUUCACCGCGCUAACUAUUAUUAUGAAGUAUGAUCGGAAUAAUUUGGCUGGAUAAUACACAAAUUGGAUCUGAAAGAAUUGGACGCAUGAGAAAAAAGAAGUGUCCCAUUGAUUUUUCGCUGUAAUACUAAUUUACUAUAAGAAUAACUGGAGUUUUACCCGCAAACCAGAAAAAUGAGUGGAGACGAAAGUGGCGAGGAGAAGCAGAUCCUGAAUUUAUCCAAGAAGAAGCUGAAGAAGGUGCCCAAACAGGAUGAUGCACACAGCAUCCGGCAGCUCAUUCUGGAUGAGAACGAACUCCAGAAGAUCGACAACAUAGACUCGUACCUAAAGAUAGAAACGCUUUCCUUGGCCAAAAAUCAAUUGCUGCGGAUGUAUGGCGUCUGCCGGCUGCACUGCCUCCGCGAACUGAACCUCUCCUUCAAUGGCAUACUCUCCAUCGAAGGACUAAAAGAGUGCAACCACCUACGUGUAUUGAAUCUGGAGGGGAACAACAUCAAGACCAUCGAGCACCUAAACACGAAUGUCAAUCUGGAAUCCCUGAAUCUGGCAGACAAUAGCAUCUGCAGCAUUUCGGAUAUGUCCUUCUUGCGCAACCUCAAGGAGCUCUAUUUGCAUGGAAAUCGGUUGACGCAUCUAAGACUGUGCGAUAAGUACUUGCCCACCUCUCUGGAAACCCUAACGCUGGCGAAAAAUGGCAUUAACGACCUUAACGAGAUCUGCACGCUGUCCCAUCUGAGCAAUCUGCUGAGCAUUUCCAUUUCGGAUAACCCCUGUGUGAACAUGACCAACAGCUUGGAUGGCUUUGACUACCGACCUUUUGUAUUAAACUGGUGCAUGAGUCUGAAGUACAUUGAUGGCUAUGUGGUGGAUCCUAUCGAGAGUCUCAAGGCGGAGUGGCUCUACAGCCAGGGACGUGGUCGCCAGUUUCGAGUGGGCGAACAGACGGCCUUGGCCAAAUACCUGAGCUCCAUGUGCCCGCUGGUGGGAAAAGCACUGGAAAAUGAGAACGACAGGAAACUGCGAUUGAUCCUCAGCAAGGCGCAACACCAUCAGCGGCAGUUGCAGGAGGAGAUCUUGGACAAUGCCAAUAGCUCCGCCAGCACAUCGCCCUCAUCCCAUCGUAGGAAGCCCACGAGUCGCAUUCAGUCGCCCCGAUUCUCUCGUUUGAGUGGACGCCAGGGAUCGCCGGAAUCCAUGGCGAAUAGCUAUCAUGGCAACAGCAGCAACAACAGCAUCGUCAGCGACAAUGGGUCUGCAAAUCAUUCGCUGCAGAUGAGCAUUUCGCUGAUCGAGAACAUCAAGAACGAUGGCGAGGGCUUCUCGCUGGCUGGCAGUGGAAUGUCCAGCAGUGUGACCACCAAGACCUACAACUCCACGGAGUCCACUCCAAGAAAUAUAACACCAAAUCCCUACAAUGAUCAAACGUUCAUCAGUCAAACUCCAUCUGGAGGCCCAUUGGCGGCUGCCUCGAAAAUGGUCCCAGUUCCGGAGACCCUGAUGAGUCCGGAUGUCUGUCCCGCCGCCGUCGCCCAAAGAGUUACGGUUACCGCCCUCAACUCGCAGCUGCACAAGACCAAGGUCAACAAGAACAAAGACAACAAACUGAACUUGCCAAGGGUACGAAGUCCGCAGCUGAAGAGGAACCAGAGUCCCACGAGCAGUCCAAGGAGGAUGGUCACCAAAGCGGGCGGCGAUAAAAUCCAUCCGCAACAGCAGGAGAAGCUACAGACAUCGGUAGUCAUGGUAGAUGCCGGUGGUUUUAGUACAUGCUCCGAUGACGAUGGCGAUCAGAUCAACAUCGAGAAACUGAAGGCCAUCAGAAAGAUGGCUGCCCAAAAACAGCAGCAGAUGCACCAGGAGCAAUUGAAGCAGCAGAUGGACAACAGCCUUAACUGCGAGGAUCGGUUGAUCGAGCACGUAACGGAGUCAUCGGCCGUUACCAUCCAGAAAAUGUGGAGAGGCUACCACACGCGCAAGAAGACCAACAAGGACAUAGCCGAGCGACUGCAGCGAAGACGCACGCAGGAAUAUAUCGAGCAACUCGGCAAGGACAUGCUUUUAACCAAGGCCCAGCUUGAGAACGAGCGCAAAAUUCAGCAGCUGCAGAUGCAGGCCAUCAAUGCGCUGUGGAAGAAGGUGUCCACGAUGGAAGUGGACCCCAAGGGCGUUGCCCCAUCAAUGGAGCAAAGCGAGGACUCCAUCGGAGGAGGAAGUUCUGGCCACCUAAGCCUCGAUCAGAAUUCAGCCGCCGUCGUCAACGAUCUGGCCAAAAGAUGCACCAUGCUCACCGACCAGGUUCAAAUGCUGCAGAGCUCGAUUGGCACCAUCGUCAAUUGCCUGACCAUGGUGUGCAACCUGCCACAGGACGCUAUUAAGAAACAGGCAGAGAUCAUCGACUGCAGCUCCACUCAGACGGACUUAAUUGCCGUGCACACACCACAGAUCGAGGAUCUCACCAAUUUUCCUUUCACCAAGACCAGACCCUCCACUUUGGCCCUGGAAUCCAAGCACGAAUCGCUGGCAUGCCCCAAAAUCGAUGAACUCAACGAUGUUGAUCUCAAGGAGACCGACGACCCGACUCAUCUCGAAAAAGAAGCAUGAAAAAUCCCAGUUAAUAAAUAGGAGUGUAAACGCUUUAA